UAGAAUGUAGCGGCAGUCUGGAUGGGGAAAGCCUGCAGUCCUGACUAGUGAUGCUAGCUGUCUAUGUAAUCUGUGGUGCUGAAGCUUUGUCGAGCAUUCCCAUGCGUUGAAGGAGAACCCUGGAUAUCUGCUACUCAGCAAGAAAAGGCUCCCGUCUUCGCUCUGCCAUACUGAACACUGCACUUCCUGGCAUUGAAGUCGUCGUAUUAAAAAAAAAUCCCACGACAUGAAGAUGCAUUCACCAUGGGCUCGAUUUUACUCGAACAGCUGUUGCUUGUGUUGCCAUGUUCGCACCGGAACAAUUAUCCUCGGUGUGUGGAACCUGAUAAUAAAUUCCGUGGUCCUUCUAAUUCUGUUGAGUGCCCUUGCUAACCCAGACCUGUAUCAUCUACCAAACAGCGAUAUGAGGAAUGAAUUUGACUUCAUGGAUGAUGCCAAUAUGUGCAUUGCUACUUCAAUUUCCCUCUUAAUGAUUCUUAUCUGUGCAAUGGCCACGUAUGGUGCCUACAAGCAACACGCUGCUUGGAUUAUCCCAUUUUUUUGCUACCAAAUAUUUGACUUUGCCCUCAAUUCCUUGGUUGCCGUGAGCGUUCUUGUCUACCCAAACACAAUUCAAGACUACCUGCGUCAACUGCCAUCCAAUUUUCCUUACAAGGAGGAGAUCCUUUCGGUGAAUCCCACAUGCCUUGUUGUGAUCAUUCUCUUCUUUAUUAGUGUCAUCCUGGCUUUUAAGGCUUACCUGAUCAGCUGUGUGUGGAACUGUUACCGGUACAUCAACAACCGGAACUCCUCAGAUGUCCUUGUGUACGUCACCACCAACGACACAACAGUCCUUCUACCUCACUAUGACGACAAUGUGGCUGGAGCAGCUAAAGAACCUCCUCCACCUUACGUUUCCGCCUGAUGACAGGCGCGGCGUCCGACAUCAGAAUGAAUCUUCACGCAGCAGCUUUCAACAUGGCCGUGGCACUGGGGCAAUAGUACAUUUCAUUCACCGGAUAUUCCCUACUGAACAGCAGCACUACCAAAUUUAUUGUCAGUUAGCAUAAUAUGGGGGAGCUGUACUAAGCUCCGCUCACCAGUCAAUGGGAUCUACUCAAGUCUUUGGGUCAAGAGCGGAGCCCAGUCCAUCUCACCCAGUACUUUACCUUGGCUUUGUACUGUGAAACCUCUUGAGACGUGUGUAUUGUGAAAUCUGUAUACUGUAGCCUCUGUAUCCUUACCUACUGGUAAUACCCAGAACAGCACUUACCGGUCCUAUUGCUUUUUAAUAGAGGAAUUAAAUAUGGAAUCAAUGUUGAUAUUGUAUAUAGGAUACGACACAAUGUUCUAUGUCCACUGUAUUUUUGUCUAUUCACAUGUACAGUGUUCUAGUCGGAAACAUUUAGAAAACUUAUAGCUAGAACAGUAUGUAGUUUAAUAAUAAAAGAGAUAAUAGUAAAUUUAAUGGGGGGUGCAUGACGUAACAUAGAGCUUUGUAUUGUAGAAAUGGUCCAUUAUAUCUUGUGAGAUCAGUUAUGAACAUCAUCCUACAUAUGACUGCCAUAUUUAAAGGUGGUUUCCUGUUUUAUGUUGUAUAAUGGAAAGAUAUGCACCUUACUAAUAUUAUUAUGGUAAUACAAAGAAUUAAUUUACAGAAAACUGGAAAACUCCUUUACGUAAACAAUUAGUUAAAAGUGCAUGUUGAGUUUAAAGAAAAAUCAAAUUUGUUUGCAUGUCUCUUUAUAUAACUCAGAUGACUGUUCACAACUCAGUAUGAAAUUGUUGAUAAAGUUGUUUCUAAAAUUGUUUGUUUUUUUACAGCGUCAUAGAUAUAAAGUGGAAUUUACACAAACAAUUGUCUGUUGGAUGGAUCAUCAAUGUUAAUAGGUUUGAAGGGGAUAACCACUGAUAAACAUCAUAGAUAGAUAGAUAGGCAGCUAUAGCUAUUAUUUCCCCCUAAAAAACAAUAAAAAAAAAAAAAGCCCUUGAAAGGGUGAAGGUUACGCAUAAUGAUAAAAGUAGCCAUCCCCACUUGUCCAUUGUUAUGUCUGUUUUUUGGAAUACCAGUUAUCCAAGUAUAGGAAAAUGUCAAUUUUCUAAGGCAUCUCCCAGGUUGGGAUCCCACUUGGCAGUUUUUGGAAUAUGACUACUGCAGUUUUAGAGCCAAAGGCAAACAUGUAUUUUAAAGGCAUGGGAAAUACAAAAGAAGGACUUCUCCUUCCUCAUGGAUCCACUUCUGACUUUGACUCAAAAACUGCAGUGGCCAUAUAAAAAAAACAAAAAACUGCCAAGUGGAAACAGAGUCAAAAAGGGGUCCUGGCUCCUGGAUACUAAAAGGGUGAGUAUUGCCCAUCAUGUCAUAUGAGUCCUCCAAACAGAGUUUUUUUUCUUUACAGUGGUUCUUUGGUUUAGUUAAAAUAUGGUUUCUGAGCAGCCUCCCCUCUAUUACGAAGAUUACUGGUUGACAAUCCCAAACUCUCCCUAUAUAUGCCCUGUUGUUUCGUUUGAACCAACUUUGCAGAGAGUAAUAGUACAAGAAAAUCUAAGAAACUUAGUAAUAUAUCUUGUUAAUAAUAUUUUAGCCAUCCCCCCCGGCUGCUCAAACCUUCUUCUCUGAAAAUCAGCUCAGCUUUGUCCUGUGUCUGUAAGGCUAGGAUUCCACUUGAAAAAAACACCAGAAAAAACGCCAGUGCAAUUUCCUGCGUCUGAUGUUUUUUCUGGCGUUUUUGCAUUUGAGUUGAAUUUGCAUUUUUGGCCCCUUUGGCGUUUUCUUCAAAAUAUGUUGGGUACAAAAAAAAAAAAAAAAAAAAAGGAUGCAGU